AUGUCCUCAAAACAAGACAAUCAGCGCCUCAGCGGAAUCGCCAAUGUCACUGGCACACAAAACACUAGUCGAAUGGCAACGGCAAAGACGGGUCAACAGGAGAAACAAGAGGAUCUGGGCCCUACCCAACUGCUAGGGGAACACAUGAACGCGGAGGGCAACCCUGUCCCCGACUCCCCGGCUGGAAAGCAAAGUAAGGAUGACGUCGAUGUGUAUGAGGCUAUGACCAAGGACUUUGAUGACUAG